AAAAGAGAUGCACGUCAACACAAAAGGCUUCCGAUAGUUCUUAGGGGACGAGCGCGAGCUUUGGUUUAGCAUUUAGCAACGAGCGAAACGUUGCCGAGUUCAACACAGUUGUCUGUCCAGUGAAUAUGUUCUUUGUAUAAUAAUUUUAUAUGUAAUCCGUAUAAUGACAGUUAGUUUCUACAAUCAUUAGCUAUAUAAGAAAAAUGAUCAUGUUAGCGCAUCCUCCAUACACCGAUGCUAGCAUGCAAUCAGCUAGUUAGCUAGCUAACUUUGUGUUUCUACAUUCGUACAAAUAGUUGUUUUUAUUCAUUUAUUUUUGAGUAUUUGCUGGAGUCGUUGAUAUUAACAGUCAAUCAUGCCUACUGUGGUAUUGAUGGACGCGUCCCUGUCUAUGACGAGGCCAGUGUCACAGGACAGCAGCGAAGACUUUCAGAGAAAGAACCUGGCAGUCCACGGCCUCAAUAUGUUGUUUGAACACAUGGCUUCCAACUAUCGCUUGGAGUUCACCGCACUUAUGGCCUUCUCGUCUCUCUGGGAGUUAUUGGUGCCAUUCACCAGGGAUUAUAACGCUUUACAGGAUGCCCUCAGCAGCUUGGAAGACUACGACAAGACUUGUGUGGAAUCCGCACUGAAUGGGGUCAGCAACGUGGUCCAGCAGGAGUGGGGCAGUGCUUGUCCCUGUCAGGUGGUGCUGGUGACUGACGGAUCUCUCGGUAUUGGCAAAGGUUCUCUACGUCAUUCCCUGCAAACGUUGAGGCACCGUGGGGAAGACAAGAAGUUCCCUCUGCCUUUCCCUUUCCCUUCCAAAAUGUUCAUCAUGUGUGUUGCCAAUACAGAGGAGUUGCAAAUGACAGGCGCUUUGGACAAAUGGGAGGAGCUUCUCUGUCUCAGUGGAGGCGAUGGACAGGUCUUCACUGUGGACGGACCACUGUGCAUGCAGGGUGUGCAGACCAUGUUUGGGAGAUUGAUUGACAGGGCCUACUCUCCCUUCCAUGCUGUCCUGCACUGUGGGAACUUGUCCUCAGAUGUUCAGGUGUUCCCACGACCGGAGCCUGUCGUGGUGGAUGAGGAGGUGGAACCUUUACCUCAAACUGUCAGCACAGAUCUAGAAAUUGUGGGCUUUAUUGAAAUCGCUGACAUCUCCAGUCCCCCCGUCAUAUCUAGACACUUGGUCCUGCCUAUUGCUGUAAACAAAGAGGUAGAUGACAUUGGGACAGGGGCAACAGAUGAACUAGAAGAGGAAGUGUCUGCCACUCAAAUGGCAGGGAAAAGUCCAAAUUUCUGCGUCCUCUUACAUGGGAGCCUUAAAGUAGAAGGCAUGGUGGCACUUGUCCAACUUGGGCUGGAGUGGUUCGGAAUGCUAUACUCCCAAGCAGACAGCAAGAAGAAGUCCAAUCUCAUGAUGUCUGUUUUUGAACCUGGUUCCGAGCCUCUACCCUGGCUGGGCAAGGUCUCCCAUUUGGGACCAAUCUCAGAGGUGGCGGAAAAUCCCUACGGAGAGGAUGACAGUAAAAGUCCUUUUCCCGUGCAGCCACCUGUCAAACGUAGCUACGCCCAGAAUGUGACUGUGUGGAUUAAAGCCAGUGGACUACAGACUGAUGUGCAGAAGAUUCUGAGGAACGCAAGAAAAUUGCCGGAUAAAACGCAGACAUUCUAUAAGGAGCUGAAUCGCCUUAGGAAGGCUGCCUUGGCCUUUGGAUUCUGGGACCUCCUAAAGGGUGUGGCUGAGCUGCUGGAGAGAGAGUGCACAAUGCUUCCUGACUCGGCGCACCCGGAUGCUGCUUUCCAGCUCUCCCACGCAGCCCAGCAGCUCAAACUGGCCAGCACUGGAGAUUCACAGUAUGCUGCUUUUGAUCACAACAUUGUCCCCAUGCACACAGACUUCUCAAGCUGAGCCAUGCCUGACUUUGUUCAAAAAUGCACUGAAAUAUGGACACAAGUGUGGACCAGUAGAGGGAGCACCUGGUGUAGUGGAGUUUCAACACCUUGCAUGGAAAAACAAUUCAUUUGGAACAACUGUCAAACUAGGCUGAUCUGGCAAAAUAUACAUUUUUAUACUUUAUUAGAAAACUCUGUGUCAAAUCGCUGUCUCGGUUAAAAUAAAUUUAAAAAAUAAUAGAAAAGCACUGUUGAGGUAUUAAUUGUUUAUUUUUGUGUUUGUAGUUUGUAAUGGUGUAGAACCACACAGCAUUCAGCUACAUAAAUGGGGCAAAUAUUACAGAAAUACUUAUUCCUACUCUGCAAACUACAACGAUAAACACAAGUUUAUUAAAAUGACCUCUGACAGUGUCAUAGAAAUCAAAGCUCUUGUGGUUGCGCUCAUCAGAUUGAAUGUAACUAAACAAGUGUCCAGUAAGUGCAUUUAUCACAGGUGGGGGUGAGAAUGUACAAAAAAACAAGCAAACAGUCGGAAAUGUUUUCCCUGAGGUCUUUGGAAUGCUUAAUUCCCAAACGAUAAAAUUCAAAAUAAAUGCAGAUGCUGUAAAUCACUCAAAUGAGCACUAAAUACAGAACCACUAUUGUUCAACUACAACUUAAAAACACACAAGAUUAAAAGCAAAACUCAAAUGGACAAAUUGUCAAGCAUUUAACUAUUACAGGUUGAUGUGUAGUAGAGUUCUUAAAAGGGUUGUAGUGGGUAGUCCUAGUAAACCAUCAAGAAAACCAAAGUAAGGACGGCCAAUUAGCAGCACGCAAAAAGAUAACAUAUUUAACACGUAGUGGUGCCAAGAAGAUAACAUUUAAAACAGGCAGUGAAGGUGUUGAUGUGUCAAUAUGCCUUCCUCUUUUUGGUGCGGAAAUGCCUCUGCCUUCGCUUGUAGAGAUGACGAAAGUUGAUAAAAACUCCUGAAGGAAGGGGUGGAUAUGAAUAAUUUCUUUUUUCAGCAUUUUUAUUUAGAUUUUGUUAAAUGUGGAGACUUACCUAGAAACAUAAGAAUGAGGUACGUGUGCAGGAAGUAGGAGAAGCUCAGAGACGUGCCGAUGGCUUUCGGCAGAGGAAUGCUGAACAGGUUGGUCUCAUCAAAGAUGGGAAUGGACUGCACCAAGGCAACAGCUAUGUGGGAGUGACAGUCGUGUGUGUAUUUUGUCUUGGCAGGUUAAAUAUUCAACUUUCAGACAUACCCUCAGCUAUAGCACCCAGAGGGUAAAGCGGUAUCCAGAGUGAGUAAUGGAGCCAGGUGAGGAUUUUCCACUCUGUGUUGAAACAUCUCAACAUGUAGAAUGGAUACCUGCAUCAAAACCAUAGCACUUACACUGAGUCAGCUCUGCAGAUGAUACAGGAACGCAAAUACACUUUCUGGCCAGAAAAUGCAUAACACCUGACACAUCUAGUGAGAUCCCAUAUAAAAGCAUUAACAAUUCUGCUUUGACAAAGGAAAUAAUGCUUACUACUAAUAAUAAUAAUUCAGAAAACUACCACUAAAACCACAAACACAAUAGUAAACAGUGUUACAUAAAAUCAGAAUUAAGCAAUAAAUACAAAAGAAAGAAAUAGCAUUUUGAUACAGCUGUUGUAUUGACUUCACAGAUUGUGACAAGCAGUAGGUAUUAUAUAAAGUGGCAAGAAAAACUUUGUGAACCUUUUGGAAAUUCAUGGUUUUCGUUAUAAAUUCAUCUUAAAUUGUGCUCUGAUAUUCAUCUAAGUCAAGUGAAGGGUAUUGACAAACAUGUCUAAAGUGAUGACGCACCAUUGCUUUGAUUUUUCAUGUCUUUACUGAGGACAAACAAAAAAAACUCAGUGCUUUGUGGGAUGUAAGUAUGACUGAGGUAGGUUGUUUUAGCAUCGUAAGCGUGGACUAUAGCUCCUUAAGAAUGUGAAAAAACCCUUAAACUUUGGGAGUUUGCUAUGCACAAGAAGAACAGGCUUAUGUUAGCCAUGCCUCGCCAAAAAGAGCUGUCAAAGGCUCUACGAUCAAGAAUUGUUGAAGGCAAACAAUUUACAAAUAGAGACACUUUAGGAGUGUUGCUAAUUUACCACGAAGUGGGCUCCAAACAAAAUUACACCAACAGCACAACAAAGGCUUACCAAUGACAAAAAGAAACAACCCCAAAUGACAGCCAAUUUGAAGGCUAACCUCUCAGUUCAGGACAUCAUGAAGGAAGCCACUGCUUACUAGAAAAAGAUAAUUGCACCCCUGAAGUUUGCAAAAAAAAAAAAAAAAGCACAUUCACUCCACAUUUGGGGAAAAAAAAAUUUAAACAAGGCGGGUACUGCAUAUCCUAAAACAUCAUCCCAACCGUAAAGUAUGAUGGCGCAUACAACAUGAUUUGGGCCUGCUUUGUCGCAUCAGGACCUGGCCAUCUUGUAAUCACUGAGGGGAAGAUGGAUCCCAAAGAAUAGACAAUUCCUCAGGAUAAUGUGAGAAUGUCUGCCCAUUAGUUGAAACUGUGUAGAAGCUGGGCAAUGCAACAGGAUGACCCAAAACACUGGACCAAGUCCACAACAGAAUGGCUUCAGAAAAAUCACAAUCCGCCUUGUGGAGUGGCCAAGUUAGAGCCCAGGCCUUAACCCAGUACAGAGGGCCAUACACAUGAGACAGAAGAGGACGUGUCUGCCAGUCAACUGGCAGGGAAAAGUCUAAAGAAUAAGACAGACUUAAUGUGAAAAUAAUAACAACUAGAGCUGUGAAAAAUAGCGCGUUAACGGCAGUAACCUAUUCAUUUCACAUUUCUUUUUGGUGUGUCAUUAUCACAUUGGCCCUCCUCCAUCCAAUCAGCAGUCAGAACGCAGUGUAAAUGGAUUCACAUACUUGCAGCGAGUCAGAUAUUCACACUCUUUUUGAAAACGCACAUUUCCUGUGUUUCGGUGUUAAAAAAAAAAAAAUAAAAUCACAGAGCUCGCAACAAGGGGGCUGACGAUGCAGCUCUGGAGUCGCGGGUUGCCAACCACUGAUCUACACUCAAAACAUGUGAAUUCAACUUAAGUUGCGUGGUGUCUUUGAACUCAACCCUUCAUGACUCAUAGCGCGGUUAAAGUGCGAUUCUGCUACUAUUAAAAGAGACUACCGUUAGUUACAUAGAUAACGUAAAUUUCGGUGUAUAAGCCGCUACUUUUUUCUUGAACUUUGAAUACAACGGAGCGUCUAAUUUAUGGCUAAGUGACAUCUCCUUUAUUCAGAACUAAUAAUAAUUGUUUAAAUACUGUGCCGCUCGUGAGUCAGUGAGGAAACGGUAGCUUUCUUUGGCAGGAGACAAUCAUGAGCUAUCAGUGCACUCACGAGUUUGUCAAGCUUGUUCGAUAAAAGAGACUUAUAGACUAUUUUAUUUUCAUUGGGGUUUUUUGUCUUUUUUUUUGUUUAUUGAUUGAUUAAUUUUUAUAUUAAUCAGGUGUGCCUUAUGUUUACCACAAUAAAACGCUGCUCCAAAAGGUGCAGUUCAAUACAGUUAAACUGCACCUUUUGGAGUAGCCUAUUAUUGUGGCCAACCAAAGGCACACCUGUGCCACAUACUCAUGCUGUCUCAUCACCAUCUUGAUAUGCCACACCUGCGAAGUGGAUAGAUUACGAGUCAUCAAUGAUGAAUGCUCACUAAGACAGAUUUAGACAAUAUGUGAACAAUAUUUGUGAGAGAGAGGCCUUUUUGUGUACAUUGAAAAAGGUUCUUCUUCGAGUUCAGUUCAUCAAAAAUGGGAACAAAAACAAGUGUUGUCUUUUAUAUUUUUGUUGAGUGGAAUUUGAUCUCGCCAGGCUGUACGGGUAGUCCACAUCAACAAUAAGUUCCAUCCACUCAUCAUUUAUAAUUAUUUUUGCAUAGUUUUCGGCAUGUACAGCUAUAAUUAUUCUCUAUAAAAUAUAUUUUUCGUUCAUAUAUUUGGGUGUCUGGAACCAAUUAAUUGGAUUUAGAUUAGAUUAUUACUUUAUUUCCAAUGGGAAAAGUUGCCUCGGCUUUCAUCAACUUUAGGAAUGAAUGAAAAGUCAAACUGAGGUACCACUGUACAUUGAAUAAUGCGAGACAUUCAAAAUACACAAUAAAAAUAACCAUGUGCCUUGAAAUAAUGUCUUGAGUCCUACCUGACUAUUCCAAUGGCGCUCCACAGAUAGAAAACGAAGAAGACCACCGGCUUAUUCUGCAUUUCUUCCAAGCUACCAAAAAUGAUGAAGAGGAUGAAAUUCCUUCCAACCACCUUUUGAAAAGAGAAAUAUGUGUUACAUUACCUAGAUAGCAAAGUCGACCAUCUCUCUCACAUCUCCUACCUGUAUAAGAGUUGGCAUAGUGCCCAUCCUGACGACGCCAAAGGCAGCGUUGAGCACCU